AUCAACCUUUAACCUCACAAAUACACAACUUCUAUUUGUUUCGAGAGUUUCAUCGCCUAACCAAAUGGCUCGUACGAAGCAAACCGCAAGGAAAUCAACCGGAGGAAAGGCACCAAGGAAGCAGCUCGCGACGAAGGCGGCGAGGAAAUCGGCUCCAGCGACCGGAGGAGUGAAGAAGCCACACAGAUUCCGUCCCGGAACAGUGGCACUUAGAGAGAUCAGGAAGUAUCAGAAGAGCACGGAGCUUCUGAUCCGCAAGCUUCCGUUCCAGCGAUUGGUUCGAGAGAUCGCUCAGGAUUUCAAGACAGAUCUGCGUUUCCAGAGCAGCGCCGUCGCGGCUCUACAGGAAGCGGCAGAAGCAUAUCUCGUUGGGCUGUUUGAAGACACUAACCUGUGUGCGAUUCACGCUAAGAGAGUUACCAUUAUGCCAAAGGACAUCCAGCUUGCCAGGAGGAUCAGAGGCGAGAGAGCUUGAUGAUUUGCUUCCGUUUUGUCUAUGUACAUCUUUCUUCUAAUUUCCGCUUUCGAUUAGGUUUUGCGUUAAUGGUGUUCGAUGUAUUGCCUUCAUGAAUCUUAUAAUCAUAUAUCCUAUAUAUAUAUAUAUUUCCUU